AUGGGGAAAAUGGCCAGACAACGCAAGGAAAAGGCGGCCAACGUCCCCGUUAAGAUGGCCCAUCCAGAUCGAUCAGGCCCUACGGAAAAGACUCUCCUCGAGAUCGCCCAGGAGCGGAAACUUUUCGAGCAAGCGGACAAGGAUCCCAGGAACAAGUUCCGCUCCCAGAAGACGUCCGGAGAGUCUAGCGCAGAAGAUGACGACGAAGAGGAAGACGAGGAGCCUGUCUUGUCCCCACGUGCCGAGCGCGUCAUGGAGUCUAUCCUCUGGGGUGUCAGUCUCGCCAUGCUGCACUUCACCCUCGACGUCCUGGUCCAGCACCAGUAUGGCAUGGAGAUCAAUUGGGGUGACAUCGUGUUCAGGACUGGACAAGCUUCUGUCGUCCUGCUUUUCCUGUUCUAUAUCCUCCACCCGCAUUACUCCAACCCCGACCUCAUCCCCGGCCUCCCCCGACGUUACCAAGACCCCGCCCGACAAGUGAUCUUCUUCGCAACCAGCGUCGGCGCCGGCUGCUACCUCAUAUACCUCACCAAUACGUACGGGUAUCUCGCUGUCCUGAAGCGAGCCCCGACUCUCGGCUGUCUAUGGGUUUGGGCCGUCAUCGAGCUCCCUCUCGUCCCCGCUGUUGGAAGUUUAGCCGUUGCCGGCGUCUUCCUGUGGCAGGGGGGCUAUAGCAUCACGGGGUGA